UUGGCUUCUAAGUAUGCGUGGCGGCGACCCACAGAAUUUGUUUCGCAGUAAACUUCAGUUGCAAGUCCAGCGUUGUCUUGAGAAACUGCUCCUGCACGAGGGACCAGAGAUCAUCGAUCAUUGCUCUUUUAUAGUUCUAAAGCAAUGAGUGGUGCAGGACCAUUCACAGAGUCAUAAAAUGGUGUGCGGGGGUACCGUUAUGUAAUCGGCCUCGGUUGCCAUAUUCUUGCUUACUUUUCGGGAAGCUUCACCAACUAUCCGCUGAUGCGCAGGUACUUAAUGGUGGCACUGAACUCCCGCGCUGACCCGUGCUCCGAUUUCCACGAGUACGUGUGCGGCAAGUGGCAAGCGAAAGGCGCUAACCGAGGUGCUUACCGCGAGUUCCACAUUAACUCCUUUAAUCAACAUGUCGCUCGGCAGCUAGUGACCAGAGCCGACACUUCCUUCCGAAACUCCAACGGAACUGGUGAUAUCAGCCUCGAAACCCAGAUGGCAGUGUUCUUCGCCAGCUGCUCCCUCAUGACCACUGGCUAUGACACGGGUGGCAACGGCACCGAAUUGCUGAGGACGCUCGGACUCAGCAUCCGUGAAUGGACAAACGCCGACAGGUUCGGUGCCCUGCUGGAGCUCGUUGUCACGACUACACUGGAGACUGGCCUACCUUCGUUCCUCAGGGCACAGUUCUUCCGGGGUCACCCUUUCCGCGUGGAUGUGGGCGAAACGCUGGAUUCGACGUUCUCGCAUGACGAAGGAAAGGCAAGGACGACCGUUCUCUACCUUUUGGACGACUUCGACGACGAGCUGGCCUCAGCUCGAGUCAACUACUCGGACAUAAUCUCAGUUGACACGCUCGUUCAGGGCCUGAUUGCUGAACGAAGCGAUCUUUCGUGGUCGAUGCUCAAGAGUCCCGAAGAGCUCAAGUAUCUCGUAGCGGAGGUGGCGUGGACGCACUCCCUAGAACGCGGCCUUCCGGCGAGGCUAAAGAACGCAGAGAAAAAGAACGGCUUGGAAGUCAGGGGAGUGGACAUCCUGCGGAAGGCCAUCGAGAUAUUGAAACUGCAGCCAUUGGCGCUCGUUGGUCUCUACAGCCUAAUUGUUUUACUUUCACAGGUGAUGAAGUAUGCGCCAGCAUUGGGCUAUGAGGUCGAAUCAAAAUCAGCGACGUCAGUGACGAAGUGCCUUCAUCUCACGGCGUCGCACUUCGACCGACUCUACCCGCUGUGGGUUGCGCGGAAAUUUCAGCACCAUGGGCAGGUGGUCCUAGCCAGAGCCUUGUUCCAGGACAUAGCCUCCACGUUACGGAAGGAACCUAUGGUGAAUUGGGGCCUCUUCGUCGAUACUCGUCGGCUGAAGAAGGCACGACUCGCUACCUAUGACGAAACCGCGGAUGACAGUCUGCCGGGGGCUCCGCUCGAUGCAACCCUGGGAGACUCGUUCCUAUCCAACCUGGCGGCAGUCAAGGCGGCCAGGGUGGGAGAGACGCCUGCCCCUUCGGAGUAUUGGCAGCAUCAGCUGACCGGUCACGUGGGGUACCAAGCUGAUGGCCACUUUCUCAUCAGUUCCGCCUACCUCUCUGGCGUUGGGAUCUACGCGGAGAUCCCCGCCGAUCAGGAGCUGACAGCAUACCUGCGCUACGCGACCCUGGGGGCCCUCAUUCUGCGCGCCAUCUUCGACUCCGACGCCACAAAGUACUUCCCGUAUUGGGCGCGCGAAUACAUCGUAGAGUGCUUCGCGCGUUCGGCGUCCUCCGUGCUCGGCCAUCACGUGACCGCACGUCUCGCCAGAGCGAUCGUUCGAUUCCGCUGGUCGGCGCAACUGGCCUGGUUUCUCAAGACCCGACAUCUGGGCGAGAACGCCACCGGCCUUGGUGAUGAACGCAAGAAAGCGCAGUCCGCAACGAAGGCGCUAAGUAAGAGCUCCAGUCUCAAGAAGCUCUUCUAUCGGCUGGUCUGCUUCGCAGAGUGCGGGGAUUCAGAUGCGAAGGAGCUUUGCAACGACCUGGCUGGAUUCGAUCGGCGCUUCGCCCCGACGUUCCGUUGUCCUAAGAAAGCGGCCAAGCAUCUGGGAGAGUGCGACUGCCCCGGCCUCAAUCACUGCAACACGUACUUACCACUACGAAAUGCAACAAACACGCUUACCUAAAGGGUGCUAAUCACCGUGUGUUAGUCCUACGGUGAUUAACACACAUUGAACGAAUUGUUCGAAGGAGCACAUUGAGGACGUCCAAGGCUAUCGUGCGUAUGUUAAUUGUAAUAGUCCAUUGUCAUGCUGCUUAGUGUCCUGGCUACCGAGGGCCUUUAGCCCCAUCUCAGCUGCACUUUUGCGGCUUUGCAAUGUUUAUGUAGUUUGUGUUUGAACCACGGAACUAAACAACCAAGGCCCAAUUUUUGUCUCCUAAUGCAAUUUUGCUGUUUAUUAGAUUAUGCGGCUACUCUACAACAACAAAAGCUUAGUUGCACCCGUAAUGGUAACGGUAAUUCAAACAUUUUAUCGCCUGUUCUCCGCACACCGUAGCAUAGGCCACAGAGCCAUCCCUCCUUUAAUAAAGCUUUCGCAUUCAGCACUUUCUUUGCUGCGAUUCAAUAAAAUUGUCAA